GCUCAUUCCAUUUCAUCCGCUCGUCCGCGUCCGUCAACAUCCCACUUAACGUUUUUUUUCUUUCGGUUUCUAGCGCACACGAAGGCUGCGACUCGGCUUCACACACGCACACACACACAAACACUCGGCUAUUUAUCACAUUUGAAAGCCGCCAUUACAAUAACACGAAACGGGAGCAGAGCGUAGACGACGAUAUUAUUAUCCACCCAGCGGCGACGACAUCGAUACCAACACCAACAAACGUCGUAAAACAGGCGCGCGUGUUCGUCGUCGUGGCAGCCCCUCGAAACCCACACACACACACGCUCAUUUCUACACUUGAACACAUACUAAGGCGCACAUCGGCUCCAACCAACUCUUCCGCCCAACCGCCGCCCCACCCCUAACCGACAGCCUAAAUCUGCCGCCCUGUCCGCUAACAGUUCGGUUUUCGUGAUCGUGCUCUCGUUCGUGCCCGACGUCGUCGCGACGCUGGCAGCGGCAGCAGCAGCAGCGACAGCAACAAAUAUUAACAUUCAGGGACAACGACAACACGGCGACGGCGUCUGCGUCGACAUCCCUACGUUUCAGUUCUGAUUGGAGAUUCGUGCGCCGCCGUUGCUUGCACGCGGCAAUUGCUCAGCUCAGCUGUGAAUUGUAUUAAGUUAUUUUCCAAUUUCAAUUCCGUUUUCAACUUAUUCACAACUGUUGCAACUCUUGACUAUGCUUUUUGCAAUAACAAAAGAAUAACGAAGAAGAAUACAAAGUAUAACGGAGCAUUAAAGAAAACCAAUCUGAAACAGUGCCUCAAGUGUUUGUGCUUUCAGUUAUUUUAGCAAAAACUUUCCAUCGCCUAGAAAAACAACAACAAGAAGAACAAGAAAAAGACAACAGAGAGCGGAUUACUAAAGCUUCCAAGAAACGGCAAGCCAACGCACAAGACAGGUAAAUUUCGCCAAUUCACGCUAUAAAAAGGACGCGCUUUGCCUUUGCACCAAACUGUCGAUUCGCAGCUGUGGACGCAGCAGCAACAGCAACAGCAAGAAAAUAAAUAUAAAAUGUCGAAACCAACUGGUAUGAAACAUAAAAGGCCAACCAAAUGGACACCCAGCAAGUUUAAAAAGUUACUUAACUUCUUGCGGAAAAAUCCUUACGAGCAGCCCAACAGUUUAGACUUUUACAGAAAGUUGUCGAAAUGCUUUAUGUUUGACUUCGAAGCGAACGUAAUUCGAUCCAAAGUCAAGCAAAUUGUAAAAACGUAUAAGAACGCGAAAACUCUGAUAGAUGUCAAUACGAAUUUUCCUAUGUCGGAAGUACUACGAAUGUGUCCGUACUACAAGGAAUUGCACGAAAUCUUCCAUAAGCCGCUGCAGCUCAGCACAAUCACUCCAAAGAGCGAAAUCACCGAACGCGAUAAUGUGGAAAUGGCUGAAACCAAGGAAAUUACUCAACCAGACGAUACAGCGGCGGCAUCCACAUCAAUUGAAAUUAAGAAGCAACCCGAGGACCGUCCCUCCGGGAAACUCGUCGCAUCGGAAGGAGUUAUAGUUCAUCGUAAACCGCUCUCACAGCAGGAUAUUCGCAUUUUGGAGCUGCGCCUGCGGGAAAAGGAAUUGGAUCUAAGAUAUUUUGAAAUACAGACCAAAGACCGAGUGUCGCGACUUCACAUAGCAUCAAAGGAGCGCAUCGCCAUGAGAAAAUUAGAACUACAUUACAGGAAUUCAAAAAAUUAGAUUUCUUGCAAUACAUUUUUAGCAUGUACUUAAAUGAUAAAAUACAAAAUGAUAUGCAUAAAAUAUAAUUACUGCUUAAAAGGGAACAAUUUGAGGUGCAUUCUGCAAAAUAGCUCAGAAAUGUAUUCACCAUUUUUUUUGUGGGGCAGCCUCAAAAAUGAAUUAAAAGCGAAUCAGAUGAUAACUGAUGAUGAUAAUUAUCUUCCUCUUUUAAUUUUUCAAAUAAUGUUACAACAGUUUUACACUCAUAUUCCACGUUCGGUUGUGAAAAUUUUAAAAAUAUAAUUUAACAACUUUAACUUCCCAGUUCUAACAUUGAUCAGAAUAUUAUAUACACAUGUUUUACAAUCAUAUUCCACGCUUGGUGGUGAAAAUGUUAAAAAUAUAAUUUAAGCGCACACAUAAGUGGAUGCUAUGAAGAACUUUAACUUCCCAGUUCUUACAUUGAGCAGAAUAUUAUAUACACAUGCACAUAUAUGAUGUAACACGCA